AUGAAAGCCCCGAGCAUCGAUACCAACUACCCCGCGGAGACACCACCCCCGAACGGCGGCGGCUUCACGCGGCGCAGCUACCAGACGCGAGAGCCCAACGCCGAAGACGGCUCCACGGAGGUGUACACCACCCCCGGACACGUGACCCGCGCGUCCUUCGGGGAUGAGCCCGCCAGGUAUACCAAAGCACCGUUCGGCGAUGAGCAGCCUAAUACAAGAGCGCCCCACGGAGAUAGGCGGCAUCAACGCACGAGGGCGCCGUUCGGUGAUAGGAAUCUGAAACGAACUAGGGCGCCUUUCGGAACGCGCCCACCGUAUGAGGAUGAGAACAUACCACGCACGAGAGGCCCGCCCGAUGGAGAGUACACGAGGGCGCCGUUUGGCGAGGAGCAUACGAGGGCGCCUUUGGAUGAUGUGCCGUUCUUCCAGACGAGAGCGCCCUUCGACCGAGCUCCAAAUACAAGGGCGCCUUUCGAUCGUGCUCCGAAUACGAGAGCGCCUUUUGAAGAUGACUCCAUUUUUAAUACCAGAGCGCCCUAUGACGAUGAGCAAGGUCACAACACGCGGGCGCCUUUUGAUGACGAGGGCUUCCACCAUACAGAGGCGCCUUUCAACGAUGAGCCAGUCCACAACACGAGGGCUCCUUUCGGUAAAAGACCCGUCGAGAAUACCAGGGCGCCUUUUGACGAUGGACCUCUCCAAAACACGAGGGCGCCUUUCGGUAAAAGGCCCGUUGAAAGCACGAGGGCGCCUUUCGACGAUGGACCCCCUCAAAACACGAGGGCGCCUUUCGGGGACAGGCGUGCGGAGAACACGAAGGCGCCCUUCGAUUACGCGUGGGAGAUCGACCCCGUCCCAGUGGAGGAGAUUCCAACCGGGCGAAGGAAACCAAAACCGACCCGGAACCAAAGCCAAAAGCAGAAACCAAAGAAGCAGAAAGACAAGUCCGAGGAGGACAGUGAAGAAGAGAUCAGCGAUGAGAUUUUCGAGCCCUUCAAAAAAUCUCAAAAACAAAAAGUGCCCCAAAGAGAUAGGCCAAACCCGAAGCAAAAACCGACGGGGGUCCCGAAGUCGAACUCAAAAUCGGAUUUCGGGGUCUUCGAGCAGCCGCUUUAUCUGAGCCCUUACUCUCAACCGCAGAAUCCUUUCCAAGUGACGAACGGUCCGCCGAAUGAAGGCUAUAUGCAGAUCAAAUAUGUGAAUCCUAUAUCAACCCCGAACCCUUUUACCUCGACCGCGUACAGCCUCGUGCCCUUCACUCAGGCGCAGGAUUUUACACCUGUGAACCCAUUCGACGCCACAACGAAGCGCCUCCCCGCCUAUGACGCCACGACACCGUUCAAGCUGGACUGGAAUUACUUCAACACUCCGGUUCCAGCGAAGCCUCUGGGCGUGUAUGAUCCCCAUCAGUCCUACACUCAACAGCCUUUCCAAGUUCCUGUCCCGCAGAGUAACCCCUCUUUCGGCCACCAUCAUCCCUUAAACCCUCCGAAUUCCAACGUCGAGUCGAUUUACCAGCCAGAGAACCCGCCCUUCCCGUCCCCCACCNCACCCCCAUCGCGAGUCCUAGCUACGAUCCGCCCUCUUUACUCCACCCCCGCACCCCCCGUCGCAUUGACCACAACUACCCCUCCCCAUGCCGACUACCCCGUUACCCAUGUCAUCAAGUACAGUAAAGAGUCCCCAUUCCACUUCCCGUUCCUCGAUGCAGAGGAACCGAUUAUCGAAUCCCUUCCUGCGAUAUCCUUCGCGCUGAACGAGCAUAAAAGGGCGCAGCAUUUGGAGAAGGAUGACGUGGUAGAUUAUUUGACCCCUCCGAGACUGGAAUUGCCUCCGCCGAAGUCCCCGAAGUCCAAACAGAAGAAGAAGAAACUACCAUCGCGAAGGAAUAAGAAUUAUAAAUCAUUGAACGACCCGGAGGGUAGAAAUGUUGCAGAGAAAGUAAGGACUCCACCUCAGUUCGGGGACUAUGGAGGGGAGAAUUUGGAUGCAAUUGUGCCGUUAGCAUGGGGGCAGGACCCCCCAAACGAGGAGGAAGAAGAAGAGGGAGGACGAUCCGAGGAAAAAGCCAACGAUGAAAGAGGAUCGAACGAGGAGUAUGAUGACUGCGGAGAGAACUGCGAUUACAACGAAGCUGAGGACGGAGGGGAUGAAGGAAACGGUGAAGGAGAAGAAGAAGAGGAGGGGGAUGGAGAGGAAGAAGAAAAGGAGGAGAAACCAAAGAAGGGCUUAAAGAAAGGUGGGGGAAAAUCUAAGCCCGAAUUCGAUUUUUCAAAGUUCUUCCCGCGAGGGAAGAAAGAGGAGGAAGGGGAGGAAGAAGGUGACGGCGAGGAGGAGGAGAUCGAAGAGACGGUGAAGAAUCAGAAGUACCACAACCCGGACGAACAUAAAAAAGAUUCGCACAAAGAUUACAGCUCGGAGAAGGGAAGUAAUAGGAAUUCAGGCAAAAAUCAUAAGAACUCGCACAAAGAUUACAGCUCGGAGAGAGAGUAUAGGAAUUCGGAGAAGGAUCACAAAAGUUCUGAAAAAAAUGAAAGUUUCGAGAAGGACCUCAAAUCGCCGAUCAAGAAAACUUUCGCCGACUCGGACUCCCGGGAGAAUUUCAUUCAUAACGAUUCAGAGAAGCGGGCUCAGCUGCGGACGAGACGGCCGGAUUCGAGAGGGAAUAUUUUAGGGGCGACCAGUCCGCGAGGGGAGGUCGCGGGGAGUUCCAAUUCGCGGGGGGACUUCUCUGCGGGGGCGAGCCAGGGCAGUCAACGAUCGUCGACGGAGGCCGAGAAGAACGGGUCCGUGACGGACACGCGAGUGAAGAAGAGCAAUUCAAAGGCCGAACUAGAUAAUCAAAAGCAAGACUUCUCGCCAGUGCCAAAAUUCGCCGAUAAGAGCGACUUCGACUCCGGUUAUUCCGACGAUGAGGACUCAGAUGGAGAAGGUGAGGGAGGAGGUGAAGACACUGGCCACACGGGGAACGAGAAGGAGGAAGGAGGGGACAGGGUCGAGUUCCAGAUGCACGGACAGUCGGGUCCAGACUCCUACAAAUUCGGAUUCGAUACCGGCAAAGGAGAGAACAGACAGUUCAGAUAUGAGGAGAAGGAGAAUGAUGGUACGAUUAAAGGACACUAUGGAUACUAUGAUCAGCAUGGAAAAUUGCACGUUGUCAAUUAUGCAGCACAUCCUGAGCAUGGCUUUCAGGCAGAACCUGCAACUUGACAAAUGACAAUGCAACCAUUCAAUUUUUGAGACCAUCAAACUAGAAACCUGCAUUUUUAAUUUAAGUUAUAGAUAAAUAAUUAUCUUUAUGGCUGUGACAAACAAAACAUUUUGUAUUUAUUUGAUAAAUUUGUAAAAAAAGAG